GAAAAAAAAAAAAAAAAAAGGGCACGCGUGCCCACAACGACGCAGACUCUUUUUCCCCUCCCAACCAUCAACGACGCCUCUCCUCCACUCCACACUGCUACAACUCCGAUCCCCUCUCCUGCCGCCGCCGUCGGAUUCGCCUGUGGCGCCUUCGUCUCCUGCUCCAGCUGCAUCGCCUCCGGCAUCAUCUCCGGGUUUUCCCUUGAUAUUUCAGCCCCACUUUCCCUCUUCUCUUUCAAUACACACGACGUUCCCUCACCCACUCCAUCUUCGGAACCAGCCGGCCGGAUCUUUCGCCAGUGCCGUCAUCGCCGAAGCCAUCCAGGUCCCUCAUCGACAACUCAACUUUUGGACACAACCAUGGAAGAUUCAAAAAAUCGUGCAUUUGAUGCAAUAGCAAGAAGAGAAGCUCAUGAGCUUCAGUUACAACAAGAACACAAGAACAAUAAGAGAAUUCUAGAAAGUUCUCCCGAUUUUAAGUCAAAAUCAAAGAAAGGCAAAUAUUCUUUCUCAGUGCAAACGACUAAAAGAGAUGUUGAAGAAGAUCAUCAUCCUAUAUAUCUUCCACUCUCUCACCCUGUACAUGAGAAUUUAGCAAAGUCGGAUCUUCAGGGAAAUGUAGUGGACAAAAUUUUGCAUGAACUUUUACAAAGUGGAGAUUCUGCUCAAAAUUACAUGCAAGGAUCAAGAAGAAUGAAAAUUGAUAAUCGUGUUCAUCUUGAUAAUAAAAUAAAAGACAAUAAAAAAUCUGGAAUUAUUACACUUACAAAAGCGUUACAAAGCCACUCAAAAAGAUCAAAAAAACACAUGUCGAUGAAACAACACAAGAAAUAUGGGUCUUUGGAUUUGCCUCAAGAGCAGCAUAACUUUGAAACGUUUAAACCGAUGCAUGAAAUUUGGAAGGGGUAUAUAAUGCAACUUUUGAAGAGUGUUGGGAAAAGCCAAAUGGCUCAAUGCCUUCUUGGUGCAGAUCUUCAUGGUGCAUUUAUUCUAGUUGCACAAUGCAAAAUGGAUGGGUUCACUGGAGUGAGUGGGAUCAUGAUUCGUGAAACCGCAGAGACAUUUGGAAUAAUCACAAAAGAUAAUAAAUACAAAGUUGUGGUGAAGAAGUUAUCUGUAUUUAUGCUCCAAAUUGAUUGCUGGAAGAUUACACUACAUGGAGAUAAGCUAACUUCUAGGAAAAUUGGCCAAUGAUUUCACAACUUUAUGCAAGCUUCAUAUGAAUAUAACCCACUUUCAUA